GAUGAAGACAAGUAUCUGUGGGUGUGUGAAGAUCGACUAACAGUUGCUAACCCUGCCCUUGCCCAUCAAAUCGCUAUACAUCAGAAUGUUCAAGGCUGGUUCAACUUACGCCAUAUGAAGCGGCUUCAUGAUAUCUCACAGCUCCCUGGUUUCACUGGUACACUCAUCCCUGGUCUAAGUGCUUGCACCAGUGUCAGAGAGAGUGCUAGCGUGCCAGAUCCUUGGAUUCCUGCCAAUAUGUUUGCUGCUAAUACACCUGUACACAGGCCACCAUCUUCUGUAGGCACAGAUACUCAAGAGGACCUAGAUGAAGAGGAGGUGGCAGAGGAGGUGGCAGAGGAAGCCUUGAGGAGUUUGCAGCAUAUCGUCCUCAUCACUGAUGACUUCUUGCAGCUUCAGGUUCUUGAUGAUGGUGAGGUGGAGGAAUAG